GUUGUGAGUCUACCUCACAGUCAUGUGCAAAAAGUGCUUAUAAAUUGAGGAGCUUCUUCAAGAGUGAACAUAAAGACGAGAGACGAGGACACUAAAGGAACUAAAGGAUUUUACUUUCUUUCCACUGGGCUGGAUUAUAACCUUCCUGGAAAACUAUUUAGUGAGUGGUGGCCGGCUCGUGUCAACAGAGUUAAGGGCCUUUCCACAAUAAAACCGCUUCAAAAGACUAGUGCACUUCUCAAGAAAACUUUACGUUCGUUUACAGGCGCAGAAAUGGUUACCAUAAAACCCAAAGACAUGGUGCCCUCUGCGGCAGUUAAGUUCUUCGGAGCAGGCACCGCAGCCUGCAUCGCUGAUCUCAUCACUUUUCCACUGGAUACAGCCAAAGUCAGACUGCAGAUUCAGGGAGAGGCGCAGAAAGUUAAAGGAGCAGUGAAGUAUCGGGGAGUGUUUGGCACCAUCACCACCAUGGUGCGCACAGAGGGUCCCAGUAGUCUUUAUAAUGGACUGGUGGCAGGGCUCCAGAGACAGAUGAGCUUUGCCUCUGUCCGAAUCGGUCUUUACGACUCCAUGAAGCAAUUCUACACUCGAGGCACUGAGAGUGCUGGGAUUGUUACUCGGCUCAUGGCGGGCUGCACCACAGGAGCCAUGGCUGUGGCUUUUGCACAGCCGACAGAUGUGGUGAAGGUGCGUUUCCAAGCCCAGGUACGACUGGCCGAUGGUGGGAGGAGAUACAACAGCACCUUGGAGGCCUACAAGACGAUUGCCCGGGAUGAAGGAGUGCGGGGCCUUUGGAGAGGUUGUAUGCCCAACAUCACCCGUAAUGCCAUUGUAAACUGUUCAGAGCUGGUGACCUAUGACAUAAUCAAAGAACUCAUCCUGAAGUAUGACAUAAUGACAGACAACCUGCCGUGCCACUUCACCGCUGCCUUCGGUGCAGGCUUCUGCACAACAGUGGUGGCUUCUCCUGUGGAUGUAGUCAAAACACGGUUCAUGAAUUCAGGGUCUGGCCAGUACAGCAGCGCUAUCAACUGUGCUCUGACCAUGCUGAGACAGGAAGGACCCACAUCCUUCUAUAAAGGGUUCAUGCCUUCUUUCCUGCGACUGGGGUCCUGGAACAUUGUAAUGUUUGUGACGUAUGAACAAAUUAAAAGAGGCAUGACCAGGGCACAGCAGUACUGGGAGUCACCAUUCUUGAAAAUGGUUGGAUUUGGACCUGCAGAUGUGCCUCCAUCAGCAGCUGUUAAGUUUGUAGGAGCAGGAACUGCAGCCUGCAUCGCUGACCUGCUCACCUUUCCCCUGGAUACAGCCAAAGUGCGGUUACAGAUCCAAGGAGAGACCAGAGCUUCAGCAGCUACAGGGAAAGCAUCUGCAGUGAAGUAUCGUGGAGUGUUUGGGACCAUCACCACCAUGGUGCGUACGGAGGGGCCCAGGAGUCUUUACAGUGGACUGGUGGCAGGACUACAGAGGCAGAUGAGCUUCGCCUCUGUCCGAAUCGGUCUUUACGACUCCGACUCUGUAAAACAGUUCUACAAUAAAGGCUCUGAUCACGUUGGAAUCGGCAGUCGGCUGCUUGCAGGAUGCACCACUGGUGCUAUGGCGGUUGCUUUGGCUCAGCCUACAGAUGUGGUGAAAGUUCGUUUCCAGGCACAGGCGAGGUCUCUUGGGCAUGCCAGACGCUACUGUGGCACCAUUGAUGCUUACAAGACCAUUGCUAAGGAGGAAGGCAUUCGUGGUCUGUGGAAAGGUACAGCUCCGAACAUCGCACGGAAUGCAAUCGUUAACUGCACUGAACUGGUGACAUAUGAUUUCAUCAAGGAUACACUCCUUAGGUCCACUCCCCUGACAGAUAAUCUGCCCUGCCACUUUGUAUCAGCCUUUGGUGCAGGGUUAUGUACAACAGUGAUUGCAUCUCCAGUUGACGUGGUCAAGACAAGAUAUAUGAAUGCUGCUCUCGGCCAGUACAGCAGUGUCCUCAAUUGUGCUGCUGCCAUGAUGACCAAAGAGGGACCACUUGCCUUUUAUAAGGGGUUCAUGCCAUCUUUCUUACGCCUGGGCUCCUGGAACGUGGUGAUGUUUGUAACAUACGAGCAGCUGAAACGGGCCAUGAUGGCAGCGAAUCACAACUGCACAGCUAUAUUGUAAUCAUUAGUGUCUGUCAGAAGGCUGA